UUAGGAAUGCAGUUUAUUUGGUGUUAUGCAUUAUGAUUAGUAGUUCUACUGGAAUGACAAUUACAUCAUUUUAUUUUUUAAUUAAGUUACAUUAAAUCACGCUGUUAAUGUUUUUAGUGUAGUCCGUAGGGUUUUGAACCUGUAAUUUGGUCGUUACUAGCCAUUUUGGUCUGCUUUCACUCGCUGGGUCUGACAAGAAUGUCUGAUGAUUGGUAAUGACCAAAUUACAAAAAACUUUGUUCAAAAAUUUGUUAACUCUGCCUAGGAUAAUAUAUAUAUACAGUGCCAAAAAACUUACUUCACAGUCAAUCUGGGCUUCCUGUUCAACCUCCAGUGCCCCCAAAUCUGCAAAACAGGACCGUUUUUUUCUAGUCACCAUUGAUUCGACCUCCGAGCUCACUGGAGAUUCAUUGAUGUCAGAGUCUGAGGAGGCACCCCUUAAUGCAGCUCAAGACUGUCCAGCACCCGAGGCCUGGAUGGGCAUCACCACAACAUGGCAGAGGAAACAAGAAUUGAAAGGAUAUAUCGUACUUACUUCUCUUGCGUCAUCUCCAUGCGAGCGCCUCCUCGAUCAGUUCUGCUUCUCUACCCAGAUCUACAUAACUUCUUUCUUCCGUUCUUCAUUCCAUCCGUCGUUCUUCUCGUUCUUUCUCUUCGGUCUUCGGUCACGUAGAGAUCUAACCGUCGACCACGUUCACGUUCGUAGUUAUCUUAUACCACAUUUUGUUUAAAACG